GAUUCUUUUCCACCACUGUGCCCUCCGGAUCCUGCGGUAGCUCGACGUUCAACAUUCUACACCAAGAUGUCCAGACCGGAACUUCAGGCUCCUCCAGAGAUUUAUUAUGGCGACGCCGAAGCCAAAAAGUAUACCAAUAACUCUCGUAUUCAGCAGAUCCAGGCGGACAUGACAUGUCGUGCUUUGGAACUAUUAAACCUGCCCCCGGACGAACCGGCAAUCCUCCUCGACAUUGGCUGUGGAUCAGGACUAUCUGGGGAGAUCCUUGAGGAGCAGGGCCAUUUGUGGGUAGGCGUGGAUGUAUCCCCGAGCAUGCUAGAAGUGGCGCUGGAACGAGAGGUCGAAGGCGACUUAUUCUUGCAAGAUAUUGGACAAGGGCUUGGAUUUCGUGCAGGAAGCUUCGAUGGCGCAAUAAGCAUCUCCGUCAUUCAAUGGUUGCUGAAUGCUGAGACAUCACAUCCAACAUCAUCUCCUCCACAUCGCCUUAUGCGGUUUUUCACGACUCUACAUGCUGCUUUGAAAAACCCGUCGCGCGCCGUUCUGCAGUUUUAUCCCACAUCCGAUGACCAGGUACAACUCAUAACUUCGACAGCACAGAGGGCUGGGUUUGGCGGUGGUGUAGUCGUUGACUACCCGAAUUCAAAUAAGGCACGCAAAGUGUUUUUAUGCCUCGUCAUCGGCGGGGAAGGAGGCGCGCAACAGAUCCCGAAGGGCUUGGAAGUUGACGGUGCUGAAGCGGGAAGCCAAGCUCGGUUUGAGAGAGGGAGAGAGCGGCAACACAAGAGAGACAAAUCAGGGAAACGUAAGAGUAUCAAAAUUAAGGAGUGGAUUUUGAAAAAGAAGGAGCUUUAUCGACGACGAGGCAAAGAGGGAGUCCCAGAGGACUCCAAGUACACCGGUCGGAAGAGGAAGGCCUUUUUCUAACGUAUUUCGUUUAUUAUGUGUUCUGUCUCAUUCCUCACAUUCUUCAAUCUGACAUCAAGUCUUUCGUCUCAAUCAAAAGACAUGCCAAA